GCUCUCCAUCAGUGAACGUGCACAGGAAAAGCCAGGAGAAGAGGCAAUCAGUUUGCCCAUUUCCUGUCCCGUUCCUCAAAGUAGAGAUGAAUUCCUUCUUCUUGGCAAAGCAGUUUGGCACCAGCAUCCCUGUUGUGCGCUGGAUGCCAGCGCCAUCGCUGCAGUGUGCUUGGCCAAGAUGUGCUGGGCUGCACACAAACAUGGCAACACACGGGCUGGGUGAUGCAGGGCGGGUUGGAGCUGCCAAGUGGGUCUCACCUAUUGCCAAAAGGAGCCACAUCUGCUGCUUACAAAGUGAGAAAGCCCACAGGGGAAGCCUGGCUGUGUGCUGCCCCUGGGCUGCAGCUCCUGGUCCUGUCCUUCAGACCUGUGCUUUUCAAAGCAUCCGCAAAGGGAAUUAAUCAUUAAGUUGCCCACGUGGUUUUGGAUCGCUGCCCCAGAGCUCUCUGCAGGUGCAGAACUCAAUACCAGGGAAGGUGAUCGCUGUGCGGCCCAGGCUCACAUAACACCAGCUGCAGUGGGAGCUGCUAAGAGCUGAGCUGUCAGCACUGCGGCACCUCGAUGGGACGCACACACGGGCUCCACUUACAGCAGGGCUGGGAAGCUCUGGGUCACUCACAGCACACCUUCCCUCCUGCAGGCAGGACACAAUGGAGCCUUUUUAUCUCUAUGAUCUUGGAAUACAGACAGAAAACAAAGCUAUCCAGAGGAUCCUUUGCCCCAUGGCCGCAGAGCUCUGUCAUCUAAUCCUCGCCCUGGAACAGGAAGAUGGGAUGUGUCAGACCUUACCCAAUAUAGAGGAGAAUGCAGAAAGAUUAGCCAAAGCCACUGAUGAACUCGCUUCUGCUGCAAGAAGAUUGGCCGAGCAAUCCAGUGACAAGGUAUACCAGGAGGAGACACAACUCACAGCCCAGUCCCUCAUGAUGGCAGGGAGGCACGUGCUGCAGGCAGCCCAACAGCUGCAGGGACAGCCGGACAGCCACAGCCACAGGGAGGUGCUGGCUGCAGCAGCAAAGGGCGUCCUCACUGAGACCGUGAAGAUCCUUCGGAUCGAAGGUGCUGCUGGGACAAGGAGGAUAACGCAGGCUGCCAGCUGGCUGCUGGAGUGCCUGGGCACGCUGCGGGAUACGGGGGAUGUGCCAGGACUGCUGGGUGCUUUCCAGGACUUCUCCAAGGCCUUUCUUCUGCUGAGCAAUCUGACAGCACAGCACCUCCAGGAACUCCAAGACUCUCCUCGACGGACCCGCUUGGCCCAGACUUUGCAGCUCCUUCAGGAGUGCGUUCCUCUGAUCCAUGAAUCCAAGCACCGCCACCUUCAGUGCUCCUGGCCUCAACGAGUCAACUGCUCCAAAAACUAUGCCUUCCAGCUGAUGGAGAGGACCAUCCAAGAGCUUGUUUCUUUGCUUGUCAACAGCAAGGGCAGCAAUGAGCUUCAGGACAGACACGGGACCUUCUCCCAUCAUGUGCAAAGGCUGCUGGCUCUCCUCUACCACCCAGACCCAGUUCACCUCUCUGACAGCGAGUUCAGCGCUCACGUGGAAGCAGUAGUUUUCUACUGCAUGCUUCUAGCAGAGAUGUGCAGGGCAGAUCUAAAGCAGGAUCUGGUAAAACGUUGCUGGGUUCUCCUACAGCUCAGAAAGAGCAUUUGCUGCCACGUAAGUCAGCAGGAGGGACGGACAAGGCCAAGCUGGGGAGAAAGCAGCCUGCAGGAGGAAUGUCACACCAUGAGAAAGGAGGUGAAGGACCUUGACCAGGCUGUGCUCAAAGCUACUCUGCAUGAAAUCCUCAAUGCCUUCUCUGAGGCUAAGGAGCCCCUGAGGCAGUUAGUAGAGGAAGCUCUUACCCAUGCAAAUACAGGGUAUUUUCCAGCAGAGCAGGGAGGAUUACUGAAGAAGCUUCAGCCCCUCACUGCCACCUUCUUCACACAUGCCCAGCAGGUGCUCAGAGUGACAGACUUUGUCCUGGGCAGGUGCACCAAACCUCAAACUGCUACAGAAAUCCACGACUGCAUAGAGCACUUGAAGAGCCUCCUUGCCAGUCUCCCUCCGGUGCUCACAGAAAUGAGCAGAAAUCCAACCCACGCGAGCACUGCUCAGCAGCUGCAGUCCUUGUACCACGCAUGGGCCAGGACAACAGAAAACCUCUUGCAGUGUUUUGAGGACACAAUCAGCAUGCAUGAGUUCAUGAAGGUGUCCAUCCAGGAAAUGGCCAAGCACAAGGAAUGGUGUGACAAGGCCCUACAACAUCAGGACCCCGAAAGGCUCUCUAGGCAUGCUGCUGUCCUCACCAGUUGGGCUCGGUGGGUCACUGAAGCUGCUGUCAGGUAUGUGGAUAGAGCAACAGACCCCAUCUUCAGGAACGGCCUGCUGGUUUGGGUUGAGCAGCUGGCCAAGUCCAUUCUUGAGCUGAAAGCAGCCAUGGCCCUUUGUGCGGAGAAAUGCUCCUGCCUUCAAACUAGGGCUGUCUUUUCAAAGACAGUGAGCUCCCUGAUGGAUGCUGCUCACUGCAUUCAGGAUGGGCUGGAUGGAUCCAACCACCCAGAUAUCCUCAGCCCUCUGCGGGAACAAGUACGGGGUGCUGAUGUUACGAAGGAGCUUGAACUCAACUCAUCCUAUGCUGGGUUAAAAAACAUUACCAGCCAAACUAAACUGCAAGAAGAUACCUUAAGUAAUCCGUCCCCACAAGCAGGUAACUCACACCCAGAUGUUGUUCCAAGGAAAGGAGAAAUUCACCCUGUCAUUACAGCACUCCUAGCAGCAACAAGAGCCCAUGAUACAGCAGCUGUGAAUGCUGCCUGCUCUGCCUUGCUCGAAGUCUCUACCUGCUGUAUUGAUGCAGCAAAGGAAGCACUGCCUAUUGCUUCCUCUCCCCUAAUGGAGAUGCUGGGGCAGUACCAGAAGAUUAUCUUACUGACACCAUGUGUUAUUAGCUUGGCCAGGGAAACAGCCCCAGGGCAGCUCCAGCAUCAAGACAGACUUCUCCAAACUGCACUUUCCCUUUCAGAAACCAUCCGUGAGACCAAAGAGUGCCUGGCAGCCCUGGCAGGCUCUUGGUACAGUCUGUCUCAACAAGUGCUUGGUUUUAUCUUGGCCGCUGACUUUAUGAGCAGCAAACAAGCUUUGGAUGAGACCAUGAUGGGUUUAGCAGGAGCGGUUCAGAUAGCAGAGGACAUUGCAAGCAUGGCCUGUAGUAAACAGAAUCCCAUUUGUCCUGGUGUCUGGGAAAACUUUCUACAGGUCCAAGCCAAAUUUUCACAUGCUCAGAUGAACACCAAAGUGUUACUUGAGAAAGCAAUGUCCUUUGAGGGCUCCUGCAAGCUGGGAGAGGCCAGGCUGGAGCUGCACUGUGUCCACUGGGCCAUCAGCAUGCAUGUGCUCCUGGGUGCUGUGGAUCAGUUCAUAGGCAGAGACAUCCUGUUCCUGAGGGAGCUAAGAAGUGCCAUGGAGAACAAGCUUUGUCCGCAGAGCCUCUUAGCUGCUGUGUCUGAGGCCUCCCUGAGGCUGCAGGAAGCUGCCCGACUCUCUUACUUCACUUGCCCUGAAGACCGCGGCCACAGUGAAAUCCUCACUCUCAGGGAAGAGAUAAAGGUGCUAGUGGAAGCACUGCUGGAUGCCUUCAAUACCCUCUUGGUCUCUCCGCUGCCUACUGCCAGCUUGUACAUUCGCUUUGAGCUCCUGCAGAGAGACUUGGCCCUCAGGGCCAAGGCGUUACUGCUUCACCUGGAGAAGGCCAACACUGAACACCUGCAAGUCAUCCGAGAUGUGGUUGGACCAGCCCUGUCUUCCCUCCCCAAAGAGUGCAGGGAGAUGAGCCUAAAAGCUUUUAAAGAGAAGGCAAGUCAGCUAAUGGCCAACAUCCAGUGGGUCAAAACCACCCUCCAAAAUGUCCUGGAGACCACCGCUCAACUGCAGUCAUGGGGAGACCUGCUCUCUGUUGCAGACCACCUCCUGGUCCUCACUUCUGAUGCAGUGGACAGUGCCAGCCAGCUCUUCCAAAGCCACCAGGACAAAAGGCAUCUCCACCUGGACAGCAUUGUCUGGUACUGGUCAGCUAAAGCACACUACCUUGCCAUGCAGCUUCAGGCUGUCCAGGGCAUCAAUGGACACAUCCUGGAGCUCAUGAGACAACACCUGCAAAACAUGGGGGACCAGUGCUCUCCAAAAGAGCACAGCAGCACAGCCAAGAUCUCCCCAGCCCAACAGCUUGAUGCUCUGAGGCCCACCAAGUCAGCAGAAACUUGCCUGAGCAGGAGUGGACAAGCAAGCAGAGCUAUCAGAGAGGCACGUGAAAUGCAAGGGAACAGUCCUCUCAGUACCUCCUUCACAAGCAGCUUUGGGAAACAAGAGAGGGAGGACAGUGACAGAAUGCAGGGAGGUCCCAGCAGGAUGACCCAGAUCACCAAGGACGUGGCAGUAAGGAUGCUUCACAUGACUCAGUUCCUGAGGAAGAAGGGCCCCAUCACGAGCAAGGAGCAGCUUGUUGCCUGCGCUAUGCAAAUAGCUUCUGAUGGGCAGGCAUUUGUUACAUUCGGCCGCAUCAUUGCGAAGAUCUGCCUGGACAAGAGCUGUUCUGCAGAGCUGCUGUGUGCUGCAGAGCAGACCCACACCAUCAGCAGCCAGCUCGCCAUCGUGGCCAGGGUAAAAGCAGUCACAGCUGAGAGCAAGUCCUCUUCUGAGCUGCUCGUGAGCAACGCGCAGAACCUAAUUCAAGCAGUUUUACAUGUUCUGAAGGCAACCGAGGCAGCAUGCAUCAAAGGCUUGCGACAGCCUGCUCCUGACUCUGAAGAAGCAGCAGCUGCUGCUUUUUGCACCGAGUGGAGGAAAAACCUGUUGUGGCAUAGAGCCAAGCGAUGCUUAAACUCAGACAGGGAUGAAUUAGGCCUCCGCAAGACUCAGGCAUGGGCUGAGCCCACACUCACAGCCAUGGUGGAAGGACAGCCGCCUGUGACCAGUGGAACCCACAAGUGUCCCAAAUCUAUUGAAGGACAUGCAAUUAUGGGCAGCCACCUCUAGAAAGAGGAAAGGAUUCCUGCUGCAAGUGAGCUGCCCAACCUUGCAGGUGUGAGACAGCUGGGGCUCUGCGGCAGUCAGUGAAACUUCUGAAAUGCUGACAUAGGGAAGAUGCCAUUUCAGGAGGAACCUUCGCCAGUUUUUGUGCUCUCCAGAUGCAAACAGAAGGAUGCAGGAACACAUUUGCAGCAGCAGCAAAGGCAGCUGGUAGGAUCAGAGGGUGUUGCUCAUCUGCAGCACCAUAUCGCCUCAGAGCUGGGAGGUCUUUCUCAGGGCCCUGUCACACUCCUCUUCAUCUAGCAGUAUUACACAACAGACACCACCCCGGUAAGGAGAGCUGAAGGGCAUUCCCAGCAACCAUCACCUUUUUUUCUACAGUAACACAACCCACAGUACUACAAAACCCCGAGGAAAGAAGAACUGAGUGAGGAGCUCUAAGGGAUGGGGUCACUGACUUCUGAAAUGCAAAGCAGUCAUGCAACUAAACACUGUGCAUUUUGCAAUAAAGAAAAUAACUUUGAGUGUGAGGGAUUAAUAUUCUUUCCUUUGUGGCAGAAAAAUAUGUAGACAGGCUACAUAUGGAAGCUAGGAAAUUCCUGAAUAGUCUUUUCAUCACAGGGCAGCAACAGCAGGUGCUGAUGUAGGAAUGCUCAGUCUUUCUGAAUGGCAGAGAUUAUUUUACUCUUUCAACAGUCCAGGGCCAGCAGAAGCAUUUUGUCACACCUGCUGGCCCCGAUUCAGCAGGUCCUACAGCCUGAAAUGCAGCCUUUUUUUCAGAAUUCAAGGGCACACCAUCACAGUAAAACAUUCAGUGCUGAUGCUCACCCACCUUGCAACUAUGGGCAUCCGGAACACGUGGGACCCCCAGUACUGGCUGCUCCUGUUACUGCUCUUCACCGCCUCAGAAAGCAGUUGUAAGUGUCCGAGGGAAACGGGUGCUCCGUGCUGGAGGAAGGGAUGGAAGCAAGUGCUUUCCCUGCAAGAGAUACAAUCAUUUCUUACAGCAGACCUGAGCUCAGUGUGGCAGGACUGUCCCCACACACCUUUCUGCCCCUCUGUUGGGCACAGAUACCCCCCAAGACUUUCCCUAUGGCUUACAGGAUAGGUCAAUGCUUGCACUGUAGCGAUGAAUCCUCUCUGUGUUUCAAGAGAGAGCAGUAGCAGCAGGCACACCACAGCAACCUCGAGCUCAGGGAAGAAAUCUGCAACAAACAAACAAGCAAGCACAGGCAGAGGAGAGGAAGCAGCCCACGGACACUUGCACUGCAGCCGGGGAUGCCCUCACAGAGCUCCCGGCCAGGCCCAUCGUGGAUGGAUGGAAGGAGAAAGGUUUCACAUAGAGACAGUAAAUUGCAAGGACAAGCCAGCCCCUUUCAGAUUAUAUUUGCUCCUUACCUUGUCCUCAUUCUUGCCCCAAACGAAGCCCCACGUUAUAUUAAAGGUACUAACAUGGCAGUUGAUCUCCUGUGUUUGAAACUAGCGUUCUGGGUCCCCUUACCAAAACACAAUCCAUUUUCAUCUGCAAGUCCAAAACGGAUCCACACCUGGACCAACAGCAAAACACCUGAGAUCCUCUGGCUAUCUACACUGCAAGGCAUAACACUUUAUCCCUGGUAUCAGCAUUUUUCCUUCGACCCUUAUUUUUCUCAUACACUGAAAACGAGUCAGAGUUCAAUUUGGUGAUGAUAACUUUGCUGCUCUGCAGAACUUCAGAUUACUGCUGUCCACUCUGCAAAUAUGAUCUAAAAACCUCUCACAUCUAAACACGAAGCCCUGCAUUUGGCCUUAACUCAGACUCGGCGCUCGCUCUCUCUGUGCCCCUAUCAAUCCACGUGCUGCUUUUCCAAACUGCUCUUCCUGGCUGUCCAAUUCAGCCGGCUCAGUUUUGCAAUAGAAUUCCUGACCAAACAAACAUCAUCAGAUGCAGAAGUAAUUACGCAGGUCUAACAGCCAUGUUUUGUGUCCAGUUCUUCGUUAUCUCAAAAUAUUCUGAGCGCUAUUUAGAACAUCGUUCAUACAAAUUAUACUCUUAAGAAAAUAGGAAAGUGAACUGAAACCACUAUUGCCUUCAGCAAUACCGAAUUUGCAACACCAUCACAUCCCAGUUGCCAGCGCUACCCAGCCAACACGCAGAGAGCAAGAGGAAAAGGUCCGCCAAGGAAGAGUCUUAAUGCAAAGAAACAUUCCAAGUGGGAGGGAACCAGGUAGCAAUUGAGCAGACUGCAACAUUUUAUUUUAAAUGUAGCUAGCUAGGAAUAACUACAUUUCCUCUAUAUAAAAAGCAACCCAAAAGGCAAAAAGGAGAGAGGUUUCGAGGACAGUCGCGCUCUCGGCAUGCAACAUCUUUGCAAAUUAAAGAACAUGCACGACAUUUCUCAUAGCAGUGAUGAUAACCGCGGUCAGAGAACAACGCCAACAUCCUCUGGAUCAGAAGGUCUGAUCUCAGGACUGCUCAGCCAGCACAAACUCCGUUGGGAUUCGACAUGAGGUCUGCUUAAAAACCCAACGCCAUCCGACUGGCGAGCGGUGUGAAACCAGGCUUCGUCACUUGUGUCCUUCAGACACCCUCUCUGCUGUUCCUCCAAGCCUAAGCCAGCUGGCAGCACGUCAACACCACAGUCAUUACCAGACGUAUAACUGUACCCUUUUUAAUUCUUUUGUUAAAAAUGUUGUAAAGACACAAUGAAUACAAGUACUGCAGUUACAUCCAUACAAAAAAAGCAAUACAAAUUAAGCGGCUGGAUACAAAAAUACAUUGAAAUACAUGAACACCACAAUGUAACUUAUAGCACUAAUCGGAAUUGUUGUAUGUGUGAAAAAAAAAAAAAAAGAAAUUAAAUAAAAACCUUUUUU